AUGAUUUGGAUAAUAUGUCAAUAUUAUUAUGUUUUUAUAUUUUUCAAUCUAAUUCAUCUCAAUGCCUGUGCACGACCAACAUUCGACACAUUAUUUCAAGUAUCAGACGAUAAAAUUACAGAUCCACUUACUGGUUUACCAUUAUCUACAGAAACACACGAACAUAAAUUGAAUGUCACAAAGGAAAAGAUUGCAAAACAAGCGAAAGCUCCACCGACUACGUCAUCAAAAUAUAUGGAUAUUGAUCAAGUUAAAUCUGUCAUAUUGAAUACAACAGCAAAGGUGAAUCAAACAUCAUGCAUUGCACUGAAUGUUAUUCGAUCUUUACAAUCUGUAAAAUGUAUGAAUAACAGUAUUGAAAUGACUUUUGACACUGCAGUUAACAGUGCUUAUGUACAUCAACAAUGGAUUGAACGAAAUGUUUCAUUUAUUAAUGGUGGAAAAGAAUGGAAUUGUAAAAACUCAACAACAGGAGAACCAAUGAUAAUUAUGAAGAAACUUAUACCAAAUACAUUUAAAUUAAGAAAGAAUAUAAUAACUGUUAAUAUAACAAAUGAUACAAACAUUUCACCAAUUGUCUGUUUUCAAAGUUUAACAAUGCAUCUAAUGUCGGAACAAGAAAAUCCCAAUCAAGAAAAUUCAACUGGAACGAAUACCAAGAAAACUAUGACAACUAAAUCUAUAAAGAAAGAAUCUAUUGGAAAAGCCUCGUCAAACGAUUUCCAAUCAACAUCACCAGCUCAAGACGAUACGUUUACACCAGGUGAUACGGUCAGAAUUUCAUGGGAACAAAAUGGUUUUGACAGCUCUUAUAACAAAAAUUUUCAAGUUAAAUUGAAACGUCAUCGACCAUUAUGGCCAGAUGCAGAAAUUCAGACUGCAACAUCAUGCACGGAUAUAACAUCGGGUGUUUGUUUUGAUACAAUACCAUCCAAUGAUGCUUUAAGUGCAGACUUUUAUUAUGAAUUUAGUUGGUGUGGUUGGUGGCCAUUUUCAUGUACAAUAGAUGGUCCAUACUUUCAAAUCCCUGCACAUCGUGUUGGUGGAUGGAAUUAUAAUAGCUAUUAUGACCGAGCAGCAAGUCAAAAACAAAUUUUUUAUAUGGAUUGUUCAUCAAGUUCAUCCAGUUUUGUUUCACGUUUAUGUGGUGAAGGUCGUCAAAUGUCAAUUGAUGUAAGAUGUGCAAAUUGCUAUCUAAAAUAUGAUUAUAGCAUAUUUCGUUUGGAUCUAAUUGCAAGUGGAGGUCAACUUGGUAAAAUGAAUGUUACAUUAGUAUCGACAACAACAGUAAAUUUAGAAUUAUUAAUAAUAUUUAAUUAUAUUUAUACUAAAUCAGGCGCAAUCUCAUUGGGAAAACAUCCCAUAUAUGGUUUCUCAUUUAGUGUAUUCAGUAUUUCAUUUGAUUUAGGAUUUAUCUUAGAAAUUGAAUUACCCUAUAAAAUUGAAUUAGAUGCACUUGGUCAAGUAUCUGCUGGAUUGAGAUAUACAUUAGAUACAAGUAUUCAUAUGGUCUCUUAUGGUUCUAGACAAGAUCCUAUUGUUUCUUGGUCACUAGACAAAUAUUAUUAUCCAAUAGAAGCAGGACUUAAAGCAAAACUUACAAUAGAUAUUGGUUUAAAACCAACAUUAAGAAUUUCAGCUGUAGUAUUUUCAGCUGGUAUAACAACAGAAGGUUUUCUAAACUUUCAAAAUGAAUUUCAAUAUCCACCAUUUUCUGCUCUAACCACCUAUGAUUACGAUUAUGAUCUAUCAAAUCCAUCUCUAUUCCAUUUUAGUUAUCCAUCAGAUGCAUGUAUUUCACAACAUUUUUUACAAUAUCAUAUUCAAUUUGGUCUUCGAAAUACAUUAUUAAUAUUUGAUAUAACAUUAGGCCCUGUAAAUAGUAUAAUUCAAUACUUUGCAGAUACACAUUAUGAAAAACCAUUGAUGUCUGAUUAUGUAUGGGAAUUAUUAAGUGGUUGUUUAUUUAAAUCGUCUAGAAUGGAUAGUCCACAGCCGAUUAAUCUUUAUUUAGAUAUACCACUUGAUACAUCUUCAUCUUUUUUGGAUUAUUUCAAACCAUCGGUGACAUUCGAUUUAGGAAACGUUCUAAAAGUUGAUCCAACAAGAGUAUUAUUAAAUGGAGUUCAAUCCUAUUUGGAUCAAAAAUCAAGAAAAUCUGUUACGAAAGUUAUUGCAUCAUUGUUACCAUCGGUCAAAUCUCUUGCUUCAGAUCCAACUGUACAAACAUUAACUCAAACACUAGUAUCACAAGAGGUGAAUCCAUCAUCAUUCUUGUACACUAGUACUAAAUGGUUAAAGUUAUUAAUGAAAGAUUUAACACUGCAAUCAAAUAAUACUGGUAUAUCAACAACAACAGCAACAACAAUGCCAAGUGGAACAACACAAUCGACUACACAAAAUCCAGCAUCAGCAUGUCCAUCCGGCAUCAUGAAGUAUGACACUCUUGUUGAACUUCACAAUGCAACCGCCUUUGAUUUUACACACUAUGAGCACUUAUAUCGUGCAGUAUCUAAUCGAACAACAUUGUUAUUUGCAUUUUUUCAUUAUGCAAGCCGAUGGGCGUUGGAUGAUAUUUCUGUUACACGUCUCAAUGCCACUAAUAAUUUGAUUGUCAAUGGUGGAUUCGAAACAGGCACCCUCACUCCAUUUUCACUGUGUCGUGCAUCGACUUCAUCCUCAGCUAGAACACUUCCUUUUGGUUCUGGUAAAACUGGCAAUUACUAUUUCGUGGAUGAUAAUAAACAACCGUAUGACAUUUUAUGGCAAACAUUCACCACCAUUCCACAACAAGAGUAUGUGAUUGCAUAUUCACUACAGAACUUCGGUCCAGCACCCAAUACAUUUUUUGCAUAUCUUGGAGCAUUGAAUACUACAGGACAAACAAGGCUUGCUUCAACAAAUAUCGAACAACAAAUUCCAAGGCAAACAAUGCUUAUUGCAACAGAUACACAAGCUCCCGUCACAAAAAGUUCAUCGUUAUCAUGUCCAACAGGUGUCAUAAAAUAUGAGUACCUAUUCUAUCUCUAUAACGCAACCGCCUUUAAUUAUACACGCUAUGAGCAAACAUAUCGUGCAUUAUCUGAUCGGACGACAUUGUUUUUUGCAUUUGUUCACUAUAAAAGUCAAUGGGCGCUGGAUGAUAUUUCUGUUACACGUCUCAAUACUACUAAUAAUUUGAUUAUUAAUAGUGGAUUCGAAACUGGAACACUAGCUCCAUUUUCAGUGUGCCCUCCAUCAAGUACAUACUCAGCUGGAACAGUUCAUUGGGGUGAUAGUAAAACUGGUAAUUACAGUUUCGUUGAUAGUAGUUAUAAACCAUACGACUUUUUAUGGCAAACAUUUACAACUGUUCCACUACAAGAAUAUGUGAUCACAUAUUCACUACGAAAUUUCGGUCCAGCACCCAAUUUGUUUGUGGCAUUUCUUGCUGCAUUAAAUACUACGGCGCAAACAACGGGUGCUCCGACAACUACACAACAACUUACCACCAAUGAUAUUUCUGUGACGAAGCUGAACACCACUGAAAAUUUAAUAAUCAAUGGUGGAUUUGAAACAGGAGAACUCUCUCCAUUUUUAUAUUGUGCUAAAUCGAUGACGGAAUCAUCCGGAACAGUUUACCGAGGUUACGCUCAGACUGGUCUUUUCAGUUAUCGUGAUGGUAGUACCAUCACUGGUAAUUACAUAUGGCAAGAAUUCGCAACUGUUCCGCUUGUACAAUAUGUGAUUACAUUUUCACUGAGAAAUCUUGGUCCAGCACCCAAUGCGGCUUAUGUUACUUUUUCGUCAUUAAAUACAACAGGACAAACAACAAGUGCUCCAAUAACUACUUUACGACAGACUACAAGUUUGACAACGACAACUCGUCGUACAAAUAUAUCAGCUACCAUUUCAUUGUGUCCAGAUCCACCUCUAAUUGCUAAUAGAACAGUAACAUUACUCUCACGUGCAAAUUCAUCAGAAUUUAACUAUACAUAUUUUCGAUAUACAUAUCGUGCAAUAUCGAAUCUUACAACUUUAACAUUUGCUUUUUAUCAUGAUCCAAGUUAUUGGUGUUUAGAUGAUAUAUCUGUUACUAGAAUAAAUAGUAGUGCUAAUUUGAUUGCUAAUGGUGGAUUUGAAACGGGUUCAGCAUCCUCCUAUUCAGUCUGUGAACCAACCGGUGCCAGUCCAGCAGGUUAUGUUUUCAACGAAUGUCCACAUACAGGUUUACAUAGUUUUUAUGAUGGUAGUUAUUUACCUGGUGAUUAUUUAAGUCAAACAUUUACAACUCAGAUUGGAAAAGAUUAUGAAAUAAGUUUUUGGCUACGUAAUUUAGGAUCAAUACCGAAUUCGGUUAAAGUUACUGUUACUGGAAAUGUUAUUUCUUCUUAUUCGACAACACGUCAGACUACAACUCCAGCAACAACAACUCUUUUACCAACACCAAUUACUAUAAGCAAAUGUCAAACAGUACCAAAAAAUUCAACAACAGUAUUACUCUUGAAAAUUCAUCUCCAUUUAAUUAUACACGAACCUUCUUAUUGGUGUUUAGAUGAUAUAACUGUUAAAUUGAAUAAUACGAAUACAAAUAUAUUGGUCAAUGGUGGCUUUGAAACGGGUGUACUCAAUGGAUAUUCUAUUUGCAAUCAGAAUUCAAGUACAUUCUCUGGUGGUAUUUCACCUAAUCAAUGUGCUCAUAGUGGACAAUAUGGUUUUUAUGAUGGUAGUUAUGCUAAUUUUGAUUAUCUUUGGCAAGUAUUAACAACAAUCGCAGGAAAGUAUUAUGAAAUAAACUUUUGGUUACUUAAUUUGGGUUUAAAACCAAAUUCAUUCAAGGCUACUAUUGGACCAUACAUUGUCUCCGAUGAAUCAACAACGACCACUCAUGCAACAACGACACGAGUUAGUACUACAACUCAAUCUACGACUCAUUCGUGCCCGCCAUCAUUACAAAAUGCUACACGUUUACUUUCAAUUGUCAAUGCAGCUCCAUUCAAUUACACUUAUUAUUCUUAUACAUAUGUUGCAAAGUUUUCUCGCACUACACUUAUAUUUGCUUUUCAGCAUGAGCCAGCAUGGUGGUGUCUCGAUGAUAUUUCAGUACGAAUGAAUAACUCAGAUGAAUAUAUUGUUGAUGGCAGUUUUGAGUCUGGUUUACUAUCGUCUUAUUCAUUAUGUAACCCAUGGGAUUCAUCAUCUAGUGGUGAAAUAGCUACGCAAUGUAUCAAAACAGGUAGCUACAGUUAUCUUGAUGGUAGCUAUCCGAAAUCGGAUUAUUUGAGUCAAAUAUUUUCAACACAACCACAUUACGUAUAUAAAAUUAGUUUUUGGCUUCGUAAUUUAGGUUCAAAAUCGAAUUCGAUGAACGUUACAAUUUAUUGA